AUGGAGGUUGACAAUAAUAAUAAUGGUAAUUUUUAUGAUUGUAAUGUUCAGGAAAAUAAUUACAUUGUUAAAUUGCAAGAGCUUUUGUUUAUAUUAUUUAAUAAAAAAAAUAUUUCGCAAAGUCAAAAUCAACUCAUAAAUAUUCUGUGGACACAAAUUCAAACAAACAAUCAAAGAUUUAUCAAUAAUGAAAAGUUUAUUAAUGAAUUAUUGACAAAACUCAAAUUACUUUCAUCCGCUAAUAAUGAAUUUUUAAGAAAUCAAUUAUGGGAAGAACUUUAUGUUUUAAGUAAUUUUGAUGAUGAGGCAAAGAAAAUUAAUUGGGAACCUUUGUCACAAAGAGAACAUAUUGCAAUUAGACCAACUAAGCAAACAAAUACAAUUAUUUGGCAUCAAAAUGAUCCUUUAGAUGAUGUACCAAUAAUGUCCAUGCAAGUACAUCAUCACCAACCACAAAUAAAAUCUUCAAUACCACCACCACAACAACAACAAGUAGAUGAAGAAGAAGUAGUAACAGUGAAGAAAACACAGAUAAAGCAAAAGGUUGUUAUUGUCUCUCCUCGACACUUGCCAAGAUUAACUUCACCAAUCAUUAAGCCAAUUCCAAUACUUUUGUCUCGUACACCUUCACCACAACAUGAUUAUAAUAACAACUCAUUUUCACCAACUCUCACUGACCAUCAUCAUCAUUAUUGUUUAAAUAUGAUGAGUCCAGAAGAUGAAACUAAUCCUGUUUCUUUUGUUGAGACAUAUUAUUUAUCUUAA